UUUCAUUUGUCUUUGUUUUUGUUUUGCUCUUUUCUUCAGUCGUGCUUGCCACUUUCACACCUCUACUCUACUCUCUCUCUCUCUCCUCACUGAUGAAGAACCAACGACUACUUCUCCAUUUCUCACCACCAACCUCCAUUGAAUUCACUUCUACAUUUCUCUCUAUUCCUUUAUCUUCUAUGCUCCAUUUUGUGCGUAACACAGGAGUUUCACGCUAAAGUGAGACAAAUUCUGCAUUCUGCAAUAAUGGCGACUCAAAAACCGGCGAAAGAGAGGCAAACAUGGCAGACAUCGCCCUCGUCAUCCUCGUCGUCGGCUAAUUCUUUGAAUAAGAGCAUGAAUGGUCCUAUAAUGACUCAAUCCAAUCGAUCUAAGACGGCGAAACGGUCCGUCACCCCGAAUUCUAGGGCUCAGGAUUCCAGACGCUCUGUCACUCCAGUUCCAAGAGGUCAUAACAAUGCCGGAGACCUUGAUUCUGUCAAACCAGUUACAAUCACCAAGCGCCCGGUUACUCCGGUUUCAAGACCUCAUAACAGUCCCGGAGACCUUGAUUCUGUCAAACCACUUACUACUAAGCGUUCUGUUACCCCUCUUAAUAGAACCACCUCCAUUAUCGCCCAUGAUCCAGAACCUGGAAGAGUAAGAGUUGCUGUGAGGCUUCGACCGAGAAAUAAUGAAGAUCUUGCUUCAGAUGUAGAUUUUGCUGAUUGUGUUGAACUACAGCCUGAGCUGAAGAAACUGAGUUUGAAGAAAAACAACUGGAGUUCCGAGUCUUAUAAAUUUGAUGAAGUGUUUACUGAAUCCGCUUCGCAAAAGCGGAUCUAUGAAGUGGUAGCAAAACCUGUUGUUGAGAGUGUAUUGAGUGGCUAUAAUGGGACAAUUAUGGCUUACGGUCAAACAGGUACUGGAAAGACUUACACUGUUGGCAACCUGGGUAAAAAUGAUGCAUCAGAACGUGGCAUCAUUGUUAGAGCUGUAGAAGACAUCAUCACUAGUACAUCUCUUGCUCAUGAGAGCGUGGAGUUCUCCUAUAUACAGCUGUACAUGGAAACAAUUCAAGAUCUCCUUGCACCUGAGAAGGUCAAUAUUCCAGUAGUUGAGGAUGCCAAGACUGGAGAGGUGUUGUUGCCCGGUGCCUCAGUGAUUAAAAUUCAUGAUCUUGACCACUUUAUGGAACUGCUUCAAUAUGGUGAGGCCAAUCGACAUGCGGCAAACACCAAGCUCAACACAAGUUCUUCACGUAGUCAUGCUAUAUUAAUGGUUUCCGUAAAAAGGUCUAUUGUUGGGAAAGGCAAAAGUCAUACGUCUUGUGAAAAUGUGACUGUUACUGAAGCACACAGUGACUUAGGCAUAGAUAAGAUACGAAAAGGCAAGCUUCUGAUUGUGGAUCUUGCUGGAUCUGAGAGGAUAGAUAAAUCUGGUAGCGAAGGACUAUUGCUCGAGGAGGCUAAAUUUAUCAAUCUCUCUCUGACUGCUUUGGGAAAAUGCAUUAAUGCAUUGGCUGAAAGCAGUCCACAUAUCCCAACUCGAGAUUCCAAGUUGACAAGAAUUUUGCGGGACUCAUUUGGGGGCUCUGCUAGGACUUCUUUGAUAAUAACAAUUGGGCCUUCAGCACGGCAUCAUGCAGAAACUACUAGCACAAUAAUGUUUGGGCAAAGAGCUAUGAAGGUAGUGAAUGUGAUGAAGGUGAAAGAAGAAUUUGAUUAUGAGAGGUUGUCUAGAAAGCUUGAAAGCCAAGUUGACAAUCUUACUAAAGAAAUUGAUAGGCAACAAAAGCUGAGAGAUAAUUAUAAGAAUGAAAUGGAGAAGAAGAUCAAAGUGUUUCAAGAUUCAUUCCUUGAGGAAGAAAAGAGGCUAAUUGCAAGGUCUGAGAUCCUAGAGAAGGAGAAUGCUCGUCUUGAGCUGGAUAUGAAAGCUAUGUUGGAUGAAUUAAAUCAUCAAAAAGAGUAUAAUAAACUAUUGCAUGAUGAGGUAGCACGUCUAGAAAUGAGUAUAGAUCAUUACAAGCAAAAUUAUAAUGAAAGCUCUACAUACCAGAAAGCUCUUGCGGAUACUACCCAGAUGUAUGAAAACCAAAUAGCAGCAUUGAUUGAGCAAUUGGAAGAUGAGCGACUACGCUCUAAAAGAGCUGAAAAUCAAUCAGAUGCUUUGAAGGCACUCGUGAGUGAUCAAGAGAGCUCAAUGAAGCUAUGUCAAACAGAAAAGUCCAAACAUCAGAAGGAGCUGCUUGAUGCCAAGCAAACAUACGAGAAAACAAUAGCACAGCUAAAGAAGCAAUUAGACGACAUGCAUUUCCGUUGUGAGAAUGCUGAGAAGCAAGUGGAUUCUCUAAGAAAUUCUUCAAGUGAUCAAACUUCUGAGCAGAAAUUGCUCUUAGAAACAAUCCAGAUGUAUGAGGAGAAAUUAGCCAAUUUAGAGAAGCGAUUUCAAGAUGAGCAUGCGGGUCGAGAGCGUGCAGAAGAACAAAUAGAAUCCCUGAAGAAUCAUUUGAGCGAAGAGAAAUCAAGUCAGGAUCAGGUGAAGAGCAAGAUUACUGAUUUGAUGGAAAGAUUGGAAGCAAAAGACCAAAGUUAUCAGACAACUGUUGACACAAUGCAGUCUCUGCAAAUAGAAAACGCAAAUCUGCAAUCAGAAAAGGAUCAGGUGAAGAACAAGAUUACUGAUUUGAUGGAAAGAUUGGAAGAAAGAGACCAAAGUUAUCACGCAGCUGUUAAUACAAUGCAGUCUCUGCAAAUAGAAAAUGUGAAUCUGCAAUCAGAAAAGGAAAAGUUCAAGGAUGAACUUGAUGCUUUGAAGGAGAAAUUGUUGGCAGAGGAGAAGCAAAGGAUGACACUUGAAGAUGAGUUGGUGAAGUUGAAGAAACGUUCAUCAGAGGAUAACGAAGGCGUUGAGGAUAAGAAACUGUAUGCCAAACAGCACAUGCGAGAAUCAUCAUCAUUUCGGACAGCCGUAGGUCUAAACAGAUCUAUAUCUGGGCAGAGGGCAACAAUUGCCAAGAUAUGUGAAGAAGUUGGGCUUGAAAGAAUACUGAAAUUGUUAGCAUCGGAAGAUAUUGAAGUUCAAAUGCAUGCAUUAAAGGUGGUAGCAAAUCUUGCUGCUGAAGAUAUCAAUCAGGAGAAGAUUGUGAAUGAGGGAGGCCUGGAUGCCCUGCUUAUGUUAUUGCAGACAUCUCGAAACACAACUAUUCUUAGAGUGGCUUCCGGUGCUGUUGCUAAUUUGGCUAUGAAUGAGAAUAAUCAAGGCUUGAUAAUGAGCAAAGGAGGUGCUCGUCUUUUAGCAGAUACAACAUCAAAAACAGAUGAUCCUCAAACCCUACGAAUGGUGGCUGGAGCAAUUGCAAAUCUGUGUGGCAAUGUUUCAUUACACACAGCACUCAAAGAUAAUGGAGGGAUCAAGGCACUUAUAAGCAUGGCUAGUUCUACAAAUGUUGAUGUAAUUGCACAGGUAGCGAGGGGAUUGGCUAACUUCGCCAAAUGUGAAACAAGAGAGGUCAUACAAGGUCAUAGAACUGGUCGUUCACUUCUCAUGGAAGAUGGUGCACUUGCAUGGUUAAUUGUUAACUCUAAGACUGCUUCUGAAUCAACUAGACGCCAUAUGGAACUUGCCCUUUGCCAUCUAGCACAAAAUGAAGAUAACACCCAAGACUUCAUAUCCACUGGAGGAUUGAGGGAGGUGGUGCGAAUAUCAUCUGAAUCGGCUAGAGAAGAUAUCCGCAAUCUGGCCAAGAAGACCUUGAAGUUGAAUCGAUUGUUCCAAGCACAGAUGUCGGCAGACUGAUGGAAAGUGCAAGUGUAAGUGUGGAGCUACAUCCUUAUGCUUUUGGUUAAUGUAUGUACAAUAGGGUAUGCUUCUCAUGAGACCAUUUCUGAUGAAGGGUUGUUAGUGAAGGAAUGGAAAUUGUUUUAUGGAAGAAUGAUGUAGGGAUAACUCUCAAUUGGGUUAGCUUUUGUGUUGUACUUAAAGGUUAGCAGGUAAUGCAUAGUUUUUGUCAGAGCUGAUGGUUACAACCCAAUAUGCACCGAAGGCAUAUAUGCUAGCCUCACUAUAUGCUCUGUAAAUCAUGUUUUAUUCU